AAGAAGACGGAAUCAAGCUUCUAUUCAACGCAAAGCAGGCCAUCCACGGCAUCAUCGCUAAGAAGAGGAGGCAAAAGUGAAACUAGAAACUUCAUAUUCUUCUGCCAUGAUGGUGAAACCCUCGCCGCUCACAAACAUGAAUGUCGUCUUCGAAUCGAACCAAAGGACAAGCAACAUUGGCGCAAUCUUCGGGAAUUCGACAACGAGAACAUCAAUCGAUUCAUAGAUGGACCGCAAAUGCUUUCACUGUGGAAAUUCUGCUCUCGUGGAAGUAUUGAUGACGUCAUUGAGAAAAAUUCAAGUAAAAUGGAUGGCUUUUUCGUAUAUCUGCUGCUGAAAGACAUAGUACAUGGCCUUGGUUUCUUACACCGAUCAUUUAUUCAAUAUCAUGGAUUUCUUACUUCCAAAAACUGUUUGGUUGAUGAGCGUUGGCUGGUCAAGGUAUCUGACUAUGGUUUGGACAGAUGGCGUCUUGGUGACAAACCUUCUCAGAAA